GCUGGUUGUCGCUCCUUCCCCUCUAUCCGCUCUGCCCCGCCUGUGCCGUGUGGGCCGGGCAGCCAUUUUGGGAAGAGCUUUGUUAUGGUUGUGGGUUAGCCACCUCUGCCGGAUUAGGAAGCUGGGGACGCGCCCUCGGACGCUGCGCCUUGUCCCCAGGUGUAGCCCCGCCGCUGCCAGUUGGUGCCUUAUCUUGAAGACUCCUUGCUAGGUGAAAACAAAGAGUGAAGAUUCCUGUGACAUUUUAAAUAAUCGAGUAAUGAUAGAAAUGGAUCCAAAAUAAUAAGUGACUUCUCUACUGAAGCUGUAGAAAAUUCUUCCUGUUGUCUUCCAGUAGCUCAAUUCAGUCUUCAAAAAGGGGCAGAAAAAGUGAAAUACAGAAAACCACAAAGAAGAAGACCUCACUUUGGAACUGUCUUUCUUCUUGACUACCCCUUACCCCGUCUUUCUACUUGUUUUAAUUUUGCUCUGCAUUUAUAAAUAGUGAAGACCAAAGAUAUAGAAGAUACAUUUGGGAGCUUUAUACCAAGAAACUUGCCUUGAAAGCUGCUAUUCUGUGGAGGGGAAAGUAUAUCAAGUUGCUGUCUGAUUUUUUUUUUAAACAAGAUUUCUUAUGUCUUUAGAUUUUUAAGCAUAAGACAGAUACAAAUACCUAACUGCACACUAUUUUUAGCAACUGCGUGAGUAAGAAUGAGAUUUGUAUUUUAAGGGCUUUGUCAUGUGGAUGUUUUGCCACUGGAGCUGACCACUCAGAAGAUCUUUUAUAGCACUUUAAAAUUAUAUUUUUGGCCUAUCACCUUGAUGACAUCAUUUGCCCACACAUGAGCCCACCUGUCUUUUUAGCUAUGACCUUGUUAUGAACACUGUUUGCACUCACUGUGCAAAUGUCCAUGUAUUAUCUAUUUAAGCAGCAUCAUAGUACCAUCACUCAAGGAAGUUGAAUGAGGUGAACAUAAACAUAGCUCUUUCCCCUUCCCCCCCUUUUUUAAAUGUAACGAAUACCUUUUUAUGUUCCCCUUCCCCCUUCCCCUCCCCCCUCCCCCAUUUGGGAAAGUGUCAGGAACUAGAUAGUUUAAGAUGAGCAAUUGAGGGGACUGAGAGAGUGAUCCACACAGAGCCUGGCUUCUUUGUGCUUCAUCACAAGGCGUGCUGCUGGUCAGGCUACUUAAGCACCCUUUUACCAAGAGAACCUCGUGGGAGAUCCAGCUGGCAGACUCAAGGACUUCAGGAAACAGGACCACAGAGCUUACACUCUGGGAUCCUGGCCAUGAGGUUGGAUGCCUCACCUUGCUGAAAAGAGACACUGGACCUAAAUGGCGCAGCAUGACUUUGUUCCUGCUUGGCUAAAUUUCUCAACACCACAGUCAGCUAAGUCACCUGCAGCUACCUUUGAAAAACACGGAGAGCACCUAUCCCGAGGGGAGGGUAGAUUUGGAGUGAGCCGUCGUCGACAUAAUUCCUCUGAUGGCUUUUUCAACAAUGGACCCCUUAGAACUACAGGAGAUUCCUGGCACCAGCCCUCCCUGUUCCGUCACGAUUCUGUGGACUCUGGUGUCUCUAAGGGAGGAGCAUACGCUGGAAUCACAGGGAACCCGUCUGGUUGGCAUGGCUCUUCCCGGGGUCAUGAUGGCAUGAGCCAGCGUAGUGGGGGUGGCACAGGGAACCAUCGCCACUGGAAUGGCAGCUUCCACUCCCGGAAAGGCUCUGCCUUUCAGGAAAAACCACCUUUAGAGAUUAGGGAAGAAAAAAAAGAAGAUAAGGUGGAAAAGUUGCAGUUUGAAGAGGAAGAUUUUCCUUCUUUGAAUCCGGAAGCUGGCAAACAGAAUCAGCCAUGCAGACCUGUUGGGACACCUUCUGGAGUGUGGGAAAACCCACCUAGUGCCAAGCAACCCUCCAAGAUGCUGGUUAUCAAAAAAGUUUCCAAAGAGGAUCCUGCUGCUGCCUUCUCUGCUGCAUUCACUUCACCAGGAUCUCACCAUGCAAAUGGGAACAAAUCAUCAACCAUGGUCCCAAGUGUUUAUAAGAACCUAGUUCCUAAGCCUGCACCACCACCUUCCAAGCCCAGUGCAUGGAAGGCUAACAGAAUGGAACACAAAUCAGGAUCCCUUUCCUCUAGCCGGGAGUCUGGUUUUACCAGUCCAAUCUCUGUUACCAAACCAGUGGUACUGGCUGGUGGUGCAGUUCUAAGCUCUCCCAAAGAGAGUCCCUCCAGCACCACCCCUCCAAUUGAGAUCAGCUCAUCUCGUCUGACCAAGCUGACCCGCCGAACUACCGACAGGAAGAGUGAGUUCCUGAAGACUCUGAAGGAUGACCGGAAUGGAGACUUCUCAGAGAACAGAGACUGUGACAAGCUGGAGGAUUUGGAGAACAGCAGUACACCUGAGCCAAAGGAAAAUGGAGAGGAAAGCUGUCAUCAGAAUGGCCUUGCUCUCCCCAUAGUGGAGGAAGGGGAGGUCCUCUCGCACUCUCUGGAAGCUGAGCACAGGUUACUGAAAGCAAUGGGAUGGCAGGAGUAUCCCGAAAAUGAUGAGAAUUUCCUUCCUCUCACAGAGGAUGAGCUCAAAGAGUUCCACAUGAAGACAGAGCAGCUAAGAAGAAAUGGCUUUGGGAAGAAUGGCUUCUUACAGAGCCGCAGUUCCAGCCUGUUCUCUCCUUGGAGAAGCACUCAUAAAGCAGAGUUUGAGGACUCAGACACAGAAACCAGUAGCAGUGAAACAUCAGAUGACGAUGCCUGGAAGUAGGCAUAUAAAUGCUCACAGUUAAUCUGACCCAGUAAACUCGGCUUGUGUGUUUAGGGAGUAUACAAAAGAAAUCAUUCUUUUCCUUUUCUUAUGUUGUUGUUGAAUACUUUAUGCACAAGGGAAAUAAUUAUAUCCCAAAGAGAGAGAGAUUGGCUUGUUUAGCUUUUGUUGUUGUUCUUCCCUGUUUUCUGCUUAAUAGAGAGAAGUUUGUGUGGUGGGAAAGAUUUAAAAUAUAUGUGUAUAUAUAUAUAUAUA